CGAUACAGUCGUCAAUAAAGGUUUCCAUGUCCUCCUCGUUUCCUCCAGUACCACAGAGAGAUAACUGCAGAGUUCUUUGAGCAUGUGUGGCGACAGGAUGGGAUACAAAAACCAUUAAAAGACUCAAAAUUAAGACUCAACAGCUGAACUCGGAUUUUUUUCCGCGAGUAUGGAGCUCUUUGGGACGCUGGUUCUGGCAGCGAUCGUCUUGGUUUUUUUCCUGCUGUUAUUUCGAAGGGACUCAUCUCGCUAUUCCAAGAUGCCGCCCGGUCCGACCCCGCUGCCUUUUGUUGGUAACAUGCUACAGCUGAAACCCUGGGUAUUCCUCGAGAGGAUAAUGAAGUUGCAGGAGACGUAUGGACCUAUGGUGACGGUGUACUUCGGCUGGAAGCCCAUCGUGGUUCUUCUCGGGUUCCAGGCGGUCCAAGAAGCGCUGGUGGAACAGGCUGACGUGUUUGCUGGGAGACAUGUGUCACAGUUGAUCAUGAAACUCACCGGUGACUUUGGUUUGGUGCAAAGUAGCGGAGAGCGUUGGAAACAACUGCGUCGCUUCUCUAUCAGUACUCUGCGAGAUUAUGGAAUGGGAAAGCGCACCAUUGAAGAGUGGAUCCAAGAGGAAGCUAGGCACCUUACUGAGGAAUUCAGAAAAACCAAAGGUUCUUCAUGUGAUCCCAACAUCUUUUUGAGUCGGGCCGUGUCUAAUGUCAUCUGCUCCAUUGUGUUUGGUCAGAGGUUUGAUUACCAAGAUGAAAACUUUGCUAAGCUCUUAUAUCUGAUUGAUGAAAAUAUGCGUUUGAUCAGCAGCCCCGUUGCCAUGCUUUAUUCAGUGUUUCCAAUAUUCAUGAAGUUAUUUCCUGGAAAUCUCAACAAGAUGUUAAGGAACGUGAAAGAGGUGAAACAAUUUACCUCAUCUAUAAUUGAAAAACACAAAGCAACACUGGUUAGCAACAGCCCCCGGGAUUUCAUAGACAGCUUUCUCAUCAAAAUGAAAGAGGAAAGUGACAAUCCAUCCAACGAGUUUAACUAUGAGAAUUUACAUAUCACAGUUUUAAAUCUGUUUACGGCGGGAACUGAGACCACCAGCACCACACUGCGAUAUGGACUGCUGAUCUUCAUUAAAUACUCUCAUAUUCAGGAAAAUAUCCAGAAGGAGAUUGACACAGUGAUUGGUCGAGACCGGGCUCCUGCCAUGCAGGAUCGGAGGAAGAUGCCCUACACUGAUGCUGUAAUCCAUGAAAUCCAGAGGUUCAUUGAUCUCAUUCCUUUAAAUGUGCUUCACAAGACAACAAUGGACACCACCCUCAGGGGCUACUUCAUCCCAGCAGGUACAAUAAUAGCCCCUAUGCUUCAUUCCGUACUGUAUGACAAGACAAAGUGGGCAACCCCUCAUUCCUUCAACCCCAAUCAUUUCCUAGAUGAAAAUGGCUGCUUCAAAAUGAAUCCAGCUUUCAUGCCCUUUUCCACAGGAAAGCGCCUCUGUGCAGGUGAAGGUCUGGCCAGGAUGGAGCUCUUCUUGUUUUUUACCACCCUCCUGCAGAACUUCUCAUUUCGCUCCACAGAGGAUCUUGCUCAUAUCAACCUGUUACCAGAUUCCAAAUCAUUUUUUAGAAGGCCCCAGCCAUAUACGUUUAUGGCCAUACCACGAUAGGUAAUACAUUUUAACAUAGAGUUGCCCAAAUUCAAGAAGAGAUUAAAUAUAUAAACUAUGCUUAAAAAUGAUUUCAGCUCUUUUUAAUUUCAAUAUUAGAAAUACACACAUUGAGCAAAUCAUUAGAUCCACUAUUCUAAUCCUGAGGAAGGCCUCCUUUUGCUGUUAAUUUAACCUCAAUUGUUUGUGGCGUGGAUUCCACAAGAUUUUGGAAACAUUCCUAUGAGAUUCUGCUCUAUGUCGAUAUGAUUGCAUUAUGCAGUUUCUGCAGGUUUGUCUGCUAUAAAUUCAUGCUGUGAAUCUCCUGUUCUACCACACAGUGGUGAAUUUAGGUAUGGACAACACGGGGUGCCCACACCAAAAAAUUCACAAUGGUGAUUACAGCCUGAACUAGUAGUUCGAUUAGUGGUGCCAUUUAUGAAAUUUAAGGGGUGCACAUUCUGUAACUUCUACAGUAUGUACUCAAAGAGGGCCCCCAUUUAAGGAAUCAGGACACUGACAGGAAAACCUCCAUACCCAUGUUUGGUUCUAAAUAGGCUACAACCAGCACUGCUAUCACAUCCCAAAACUAUUGUUAUUUUCAGAUCUGGUGACUGGAAAGAUCACUGAAAAAAACUGAAUUCAUGGUUAUGUUCAUGAAACAAAUUAGAUGAUGACUUUUGUUAUGUAACAUGGUACAUUAUCAUGCUGGAAGUAGCCAUUAGAAAAUGAAAAAAAAGUCACCAUGAAGUCACCACAUUGUUGGCAACAACACUCAAAUAAGCCAUGUGACGGCACUGUGGUUUCAUUCAAGCUAUGAUUUAUUGGUAUAGAUAGAUAGAUAGAUAGAUAGAUAGAUAGAUAGAUAGAUAGAUAGAUAGAUAGAUAGAUAGAUAGAUAGAUAGAUAGAUAGAUAGAUAGAUAGAUAGAUAGAUAGAUAGAUAGAUAGAUAGAUAGAUACUUUAUUAAUCCCAAUGGGAAAUUCACAUUCUCCAGCAGCAGCAUAAUGAUACAAUAAAUAAUAUUAAAUUAAAGAAUGAUAAUAAUGCAGGUGAAAAACAGACAAUAACUUUGUAUAAUGUUAAAUGUUAACGUUUACACCCCCGGGUGGAAUUGAAGAGUCGCAUAGUUUAGGGGAGGAACGAUCUCCUCAAUCUGUCAGUGGAGCAGGACAGUGACAGCAGUCUGUCGCUGAAGCUGCUCUUCUGUCUGGAGAUGAUACUAUUUAGUGGAUGCAGUGGAUUCUCCAUAAUUGAUAGGAGCCUGCUGAGCGCCCUUCGCUCUGCCACAGAUGUUAAACUGUCCAGCUCCAUGCCAACAAUAGAGCCUGCCUUCCUCACCAGUUUGUCCAGGCGUGAGGCAUCUUUCCUCUUAAUGCUGCCUCCCCAGCACACCACCGCGUAGAAGAGGGUGCUCGCCACAACUGUCUGAAACCACUACCACCAGCCUGGACUGUUGACAUAAAGCAGGUUGCAUGCAUGGAUUUAUGUUGUUGGCAGUAAAUUCUAACUCUUCCAUCUGUUUACCUGAUCGAAAAUUAAUAUUCAGACCAGGGUGGGUUUUUUAUUUUUCAGUUUUUAAAUGUCUAGCUUUGGUGAGCCUGUGCCCCCUGCAACCUCAGCUUUCCAUUCUUCAUGAGUGGAACCCAUCAUAGUCUUCUUCUGUUGUAGCCCAUCCACCUCAAGGGUUGACAUUGUGUAUUCUGAGAUGCUUUUCUGCUCACCAUAGUUGUACAGAGUGGUUAUCUGAGCUACCAUAGCCUUUCCAUAAACUUGAACCAGUCUGGCCAUGCUCUUCUGACGUACCUCACCAACAGGGUGUUUCUGUCUUCAGAAUUGUCAGUCACUAGACGUUUUGUAGCACUAUUUUUAGUAAACUCUAGAGACUGUUGUUCAUGAAAAUCCCAGGAGAUCAACAGAUACAGAAAUACACAAACCAGCCCAUCUGGAACCAACAAUUAUGUCUUAACACUUUUAAAUUUUAAUGUGCUGCUGCUGUGAUAGUUCAUUCAGUUACGUGGCACCUAAGUGGGGUAUAUUCAAUCAUUUAAGGUGUAUUUUAGUGACAGCAUUACUAGCUUUUUGAUUACUGUAAAGUAGCCCCAGUGGUUGGUAGUGCUGCCUCGUGUCCCCAGUAACCCAGGUUUGAUUCCAAGACAAACCAUUAUCGGUGUGGAAUUUGCAUGUUUUCCUCCUGUCUCCAUGUGUUUCCUUUGAAAUCACCAGGUUUAAAAUGUUACUUUCUUAGCAAUACCUACUUGAGAAUCAAUGGCACAGUGUCUCAGUGAUUUACAGUUGUUAGGUACCAAAGCUACUUUUACUUCCAGAGUUUAAUACAAGUGUUUAGAGCAGACUUUUUUGGUUAAAUGAUAACAAACCUUAGAUACUAACUUGUCUUGGCACAAAUUGUAUGCAGUGUGUAUCCCCAGAAUUGCUAUUGACUCAGAAAAUACCUUUUAUUAAAGCAGAAUUAAGCACGGACACUAGCAUGUGAACCCAAAAAAUUUCCAUUAUUGUCACAUACCAGUUCAACUCAAAAACACAGAACUUCAUAACUCUUUACUUUAUUAAUAAAUUAAAAAUUGUAAUACUUAGAUUUGUUCAUGUAUGUUUACGUGCUAUAAAUGCCCAUGCAACUGAUGACUUGUUUGGGGUGAAAAUGUGAUGAAGUGACUAUGGGGUCCAUGUUAGUGUGGUAGUUUUUACAUAAGAUCAGUGAAACUCGAACUCAGUGGGUGCCUGCGCAGCUGAGGUGUUGUGCUGCCAUGGGGUAGUUGGUGUGGAGGCGAUCUCAUCUGUUCCACAUCAGCACUUCACAGACUAACUAGCACAAUGUGCCCACCAGAGUAUAAAGGGAGAAUGAACAUGACAGAGGGAAAAAAAUUACAAUGAAUUAACAAGAGGAGAAAGAAACAGGAGGUUAAAGGAUAGGAAGAAAAGAAAGUAGAUCAGGAUUGUGGCUGCUAUGAUGCUGCAGUGAUGCUAUGGGGAGGAGGCAAGCUGUCCCAGGUGGAGCAAGUGGAUGGCACCUACAGAGUAAGGUCGUUCCUGAUAAGUUCCCAGGGAACAGGAGCAACCAGCUGCUCUGAGAGAUUAAUGUGGACACCAAAGGAGCAGGAGUUGUAAAUAUACAGAAAAAUAUCACAAAGUGAAUGUGCUGCUAAAUACAUGCAUAAACAUCCAGACAAUCACAGGGCUGUUGUUACCAAAUACACCUCAAAACAUAUUGAUACAUACAGAGAAACUUGCAAACCAAUAAAGAUGUUUGCCUUGGCUCCAAAAUAUGCAGUGUUGGGUGUAAUUAUAAUUCACACGUUGAUUAUGAAUCUAGGAUCUAGGGUGAUAACUUGAAAGCUGCUGGUUCGAGUCCUGGCAGUGACAAAAGGAAUGCUACUCCAUUGGGCCCUUGAGCAAGGCUCUAAACCUGCAAUUGUUCCAAGGACACUGGACAAAUAGCAAACCCUGUACUCUGACCCCAAAACUCACUGUGUGUCUCUGGCUAGUAAGUUGGGGUAUGAAAAAAAUGACAAAUUCAUAAUACAAGAAAUUGUAUAUGGCAAAUAAAGGAUUUAAAACAAACAAAUGAAUACAU